AUGCCGUCAGCUCGGCCCCAGGACGCCUAUUCACUGCUGGAGCAAUCCUUCAACGACGCGCCCCAGCUGCGUGCUCACAAGCAGUUCCCGCGCCGGCAAGACGACCACCAAAACGUCUUUCCCGCCGCCGCGCCUGUCCGUACGUCUUCGUACCAUGACGAUGAAACUUCGACUCAGUUCAGUUCCGCCAACUCCACUCCACUAGCUUCUCCACUUGCUCCCCCGCCACUGGUAACUGGACACGACAACGGCCUGCCACCCACUCCGCCUUCCGCUUCGAAUGACGGUGCCCGCCGGGACACGUCCGGUACUCCACAGUUCGCCGACGGCGUCAUGGACAAUCUACUUUCCAAGCAGCCUUCCAUUCGGACCCCCAUAAACCAGCGAAGUCCUCCGACGCCUGAUCCAAGCCCACCCCGAUCUACGCGAUCCGGCCAGAAGACCCUUCCGCCUCCAACCAUCCGCUACCCGUCAUCCCGCGCCGAUUCGUUCACCACGGCACGAAGCCACCUCGAGUCGGAGGAUAGCGAAUCGCAGGCCUCGUUCCACGACGCUCUGACCCCGAGACAACAAGGCGGGGAGCAUGCGAGGGAGUCAAGACAGAGGUAUGACGGGCUCGGAUUGGCCUUUGAGAGCGAAGCAGGCGAUGUCACACCCACGGAACGCAACCCGUCCGGCCUACCAGGCUACGAGGAUUCUCCCUCGUUAGACGGCACGUGGGCGAGCAAUGGACGUCGUGAUCAAAUACCAGAUCGGGAGUGGGACACUAAUUUCAUGAGGAAUGUGGCAGUUCGGCGCAAACGUCAGGAAAAGCCCCCCAGGACCCCGCCUGAGCAGACUUCCCCCCGGGACUCUGGUCUUGAUCUUUCACCUAUCUCCAUCAUGAAGAGAGGUCAAAUUCCCGACGACCGAGCUGGCGAUAUCAAAAGACAUGCACGGAAUCCAACAUUGGACAGGUUUGCCCAAGACAUCGGCUGGCCCAGUGACGCAGGUGAAUCACCCAAGACCGACUCCAAGCGUUUCUCGACCGCCUCUAGUACGUCGACGGUUGUAGAAGCCGUUGUUGUGGCCACACCACCGGAGCGCCACCGCAUGCUUCGUCAUGCAGGGAAGAACCUGGCUCUCCGUCAAAGCAGCGACACGACGUUCGAACGCUCCGCGACUAGACGCGCGCACCGUGCCUCCCUCCUGUCAAACGAUACGCCCCCUCAUCGCUUGCUUCACCACAAGGCCAGAAUUCCAGAGCGGAGGAAUCGUGACAGCAUCGAUUCUGCUUUUUCAUAUGUCAGUUCCGAGGCACCUGCUCCUGAGCCGCAACAGAAACAUGAUAGCAUUCCGGUACUUGUGGUCCCCACGUCCCUCGAGGAUUCCCCCAAAGCUGCAGAGACCCCUCGCAGGCUGCAAGUCCAAUUCCAUUCGCUUACAGAUACUCAGCAGUCACCUUCUCGCGUCUCAGAAGUGCCUAAUGGGGACUCCGUCCAUGUGGAAUCACCACGUCGUGUGCAUAGGAAGUCAUCUUUUGGCAGCUCGUCGAUUGUCUCGAAAGCUUCCAGCAAAGUGCCCGAAGACUGGCCUCUUCCCCGUGAAGGUAUCCGGAAUUUCACAGCACCGGCAGUCAUGACAUCCAAGGGUACUACGAUCACCCUAUCACGGGCUCCGAGCUCGCCUCAGAGGGAAGCCAGCUUUAGAAGAAAGGUCGACAUCACGCCCCCUCCGGUUCCUCCCAAAGAGCCGCUGUCGUUGUCGACUCCUCCGCUAUCGCCAACGGAUCGUAUAUCCUCUCCGCCUGCUACUUCUGAGGUUCAGAGGCUCCUUCAGCAAAGGCGUCCUGUUGAUUCAAUGAUAACGCGUCGAAGCUCCGACCGUACUUCGAGCCGAACUGAAGAGGUUCCCCGUGGUUCAAGUCUUGAUAGAAGCAUGUCGGGCGAUCGUACACAUCUGAGCCCGGAGUCGCCAAUGAUGAUCUACAGUGGUCGGACAAGCUUGGACCGUGCCCGUCACCACAACACCACGACUCCCUUUUCUCAGAUGUCUGACACCAGCGGCCUUGAGAUCAGUGAGGCCACGGCUAUCAGUAUUUACCCUCACAACAACCACUCGCUGCUGGUAGUCCAACAGGUCGCGCAAACGGACUCGAACUCCAACUCGAACUCUUCGACCACCUAUCAUACCACGACAUCACGCCGGCGUUCUGUAUCUUCCCCGCCGCUCAGCCGCGAGCUCUCUCCUCCUCUUGAUCGUGAACUCACGCCUCCAACGCUCACGUUCAAUCCCGCUACUCCGCCUCAACAGCUGAUCGACGACUCUGAAGUUGCCGCGAACGGAUCUGUGGACUCGCCUCUCAAGAACCCACGGAAGCCACCAGAGCCGCCGGCCUUCAAGAUCAUCCCGCCCACCCCCGCUUCGGAGCUCGAGCGCGAUCCCAUGGGUGAGAGCGCUAUAGCGAGCAGCUCUUCGCGUCCAAAGCGUCGUCAGACUCUCGCCAAGCGUGCGCGACGGUAUUCGGAUACGAUUUUGAACCCCAUCCUUGGGAGGACAACGUCCGCGGCCAAACGCAGCCCCAAAGGACAGGCGAAUGCAGCGGCGACUCCAAAGCAGCCGAAAGACGCCAACUUGCAUCCUUUCUGGAGACCUCGGGGAUUCUGGGAUGACUUUGAUUCCGAGAGUGAAGAUGAGUGGGAUGAGGAGUUCGGCGACGACCAUGACCGCCUCCCGCGCGGUGGAGACACAAGCGAUGUUGGCGAAGAGGAUGAAGAGCGAGAGCGGCAAAAACGCAAGAUCGGAGCCUUGGGUCGCAGGUUGACCAAUGGGUUCAAGGGCUCCGGCGGCUUUCUCAUUGGCAACAGCCUUGGGAUGGAACGACAUGGCAGCAACGCCCGUAGGCAUUACGUCAACGUCAGUGGACUCACGAGCAAGACUAGCGGGUUCAUGUCGAAGCCACUCGCACUAGGCAAGAGGUUUGGAGGCAGCAGCGGCCGUGUGGAGAAGCAAGUUGCGAACCAAAUCUCGAGUCAAGUCUCAAGCUACUCACUGCGUAGGGUUGCCGCCAACAAUGCCAGCCUCCGCCAUGCCGCUGUCAGCCCCGCUGGCAGUGGGGCUAGUCAGGUGUCGCGCUUCUCAACCAGCACCGCCGGUGGCGAUAGCGAUGAGGAUCGCGGCUGGGGUAGAGGUAGCAGCCGGGGUCGUUCAACCAGCUCGCAACGGCCGACAAGGAAGCGCGAAUUCAGUGUCCCUGGAACGCGAUGGAAUGUAGAGUACGUCGGCAUCAGCGGGGUUCGGGAAAGGCUCGCGGAAAAAAGGAGGGAGAAGAAGAGGAAUGAAUUGAGGAGAAUGAUCGGGCCUAAGUUCUACAUCAAGAGCACGAGCAUUGUUUGA